AGCAAAGGCGACGAUGGAGGAACCCAGCGCUUCAGGAGAAAACGAAGAUGUGAAGCAAAACGAAAAUGUCUCCACCGGGAAACAGACUGGAGAAGACGCUUCCUCGGAGGUGUCCAGGGAGCCUGACGGCAAAGCGGCGGAGGAGGCGACCGUUCGGUUCAACCGGCUCAAGCUGUUCGAUAAAGUGAUCCAGAAGAGCAUGAGCAAGUUCAUAGAGCAUGCCAGUUUUAAGGUGUUUGCCAGCAUGUUUCGUCCGCUGUACAAGAACGACGUUAAGCGGAUGGAGGAGAUUCAUCAUCAGUUCACGGAGAUGCUGAAGAAAUCUAUACAGGAGGACAUCAUAAAACUAAUGGAGGAAGGAAGAUUGGAGUCCAAAUUUAAUGAGCUGGACAAGCUGGAAGACGAGGUCAAGGAAAGUCCAGAGCCUGCAUGGCGGCCCAGUGGGGAUCCGGAGCAGGACUUCUGCAGCGUUCUGAUGCCGUACUAUCAGAAGCAAAGGGCCUACAUGAAGCUGGAGCUGAAACGGAUUCAAGCAGAGAACGCCGCGCUGGCGGAGAAGGUUCAGGCGGGGAGAGAGCGCAUUGCUCAGACAGAGCAACACAUUUCUACAGCUGUGGAUGAGUGGAAGACGACGGUGACCGAAUUUGAAAGAUCGGCUUCGUCCCUUUGCACAGCUAAUUUAUUUGAUUAGUAAUUAUUAUUUUUUUUUUUUACAUAGCAAACUGUUAAAUACACAUGUAUUGUUUACUCUACUAAUCUGUUUGAAAAUAAAGAAAAUAUCACAAGUCAA